AUGUAUGGCUGCAAAGAAGAGGGACAAAACAUAAUUUCUCCCACGUAUGACGAAAUUGCUAUUGAAUUAGAAACUCAGAUAUCCAACUUAGAUGGAGAAUAUGGAAUGCUAAAUAAAUCUGUGUUAGAUCAGGGCGAGGAAUGGCACAGAGAAAUCAAUAUCAUUAUCGAAAAGAUGAAAGCAGAAAUUGAAGACAUAAGAUUGAAACACAAAAGCAUCCUCGAAGCACAUCUGGUUGAAAUUAAAAAGGUACAAAAUCUAAUUAAACAAACACAACUAAAUAUGUCUAGAAUUGAAGAAUCAAAUGAAGUGUCUAAAACAUUGGAAUACAUGUCUAAAAACGUAGAAUUAAGCAAACCUCCCGCCAAAGUUAUGGUAUUACUUCCAACAUACAACCCAAAACCAAUAGAUAUAAAGCAGCUCUACAAGUUGAUUGGGUCUUUAACACCAUUAGCAACGGCAACAAAUGAAAAUGGCUACAGACUUAAGAAAUCAUCAUCUAAAGAAUUGCUUCAAGAACCAGAACUUAUUUGUAGGAUAGAUACCAGGUAUGAAAAACUCCGCAGUGUUAUCUGUCAAAGUGAUGAAGAAAUAUGGACAAUUGGACGUUACACUAGUGAUAUCAAAUGCUUUAACAGUCACGGCCUCAUAAUGAAAACAAUAAAAACAAAAUCAGGAAAAUGGCCGACUGAUAUAGCAGUAAACAAAGAUGAGGAUCUUGUUUUUUCUGAUGCAACUGUGUAUAAAGUAAAGAAUGGAGAAAUAGAGGGGGUCAUCAAAGUAGAGGGAUGGGUUCCAAUCAAUCUCGCUAUCACCUCCUCCAAUGAUCUCCUAGUUGCUAUGUAUAGUGAUUAUGAAACACAAUCCAAAAUCGUCCGUUUUUCAGGAUCUACAGAGAUACAAACAAUCCAGACUGAUGAAGAAGGUAAACCUCUAUAUUCAGGAAAUGGUAAAAUUAAGUAUAUUUCUGAGAACAGAAACCUGGAUAUCUGUGUAGCUGACUGGGAAGCUGGUGCUGUAGUAGUGGUCAAUCACGAUGGAAUAUUCCGAUUUAACUAUACUGGACAUCUCCUUCCCGCUAAGGAUAAAUCAUUUAAACCUUUUGGUAUAGGAACAGACAGUCAAAGCCAGAUUCUUACCGCUGAUAGUGAUAACCACUGUAUUCACAUCCUAGACCAGGACGGACAGUUUCUUGGUUACGUUGAUAACUGUCGUCUGAAGAAUCCCUAUGGGUUAUAUGUGGACAAAAAUGACUAUCUUUUUAAUAUGGAUCCAAGGACCAGUGCCCAAGAUGUAAUCCGUUGCAACCUUUGCGAGAAAGAUAUAAUAGCUAAAUUAGAUGGGGAAUACGAAAAGCUUGUGAAAGCAGUGUUGAAUCAGGGUGAAGAAUGGCAUAGAGAAAUUAACAUCAUUAUCAAGAAAAUGAAAACAGAAGUUGAAGGUUUAAAAUUGAAACACAAGAGCAUACUAAAAGCACAUUUGGAUGAAAUUAAAAGUAUACAAAAUCUUAUAGAACAGACACAGCUUAAUCUGAGUAAAAUUGAAGAGUCAAACGAAGUGUCCAAGACAAUGGAAUACAUUUCUAAAAACAAAGAAUUAAGCAAACUUCCUCCCAAAGUUCAGGUAUCACUACCGAUGUUUAGUUCAAAUACAAUAGAUACAGAACAGCUUUACAAGUUGAUUGGAUCUUUGUCACCAUUAUCAUCGACAAAAGAUGAAAAUGGCUACAGACUUAAGAAAGCAGGGACAUUGUCCAAAGAACUAAUGAAAGUACCAGAGCUUAUUUCUAUGAUAAAUACCGGGUAUGAAAAACUCCGAAAUGUCACUUGUUACAGUGGAGAAGAGAUCUGGACAAAUGCACGCGACAACAGUAAUAUGAAAUACUUUAACAUUCAAGGCUCAAUUAUAAAAACAAUCAAAACAAUAUCAAAUGAAUGGCCUAAUGAUAUAACAAUAAAUAAAAAUGGAGACCUAGUGUACUGUGACUGGAAAACGAAGACUGUGAAUGAAGUAAAAAAUGGUCAAUCAAAUGAGUUGAUCAGAUUACAGGGCUGGACACCUCUCAAUCUCUGUGUCACUCCCUCUGGUGAUAUCCUUGUUGUCAUGUUCAAUGAUGACGAAACAGAAUCCAAAGUUGUCCGUUAUUCAGGUUCCACAGAGAAACAAACAAUACAGUUUGAAAAUGAAAACAAACCUCUCUAUUCAGGAAAAAACACAAUAAAGUACAUCACCGAGAACAGAAAUCUAGACAUCUGUGUGUCUGACUCUAAGGUUUGUGCUGUAGUAGUGGUCAGCGACACCGGCAACCUCCGAUUUAGAUACACUGGUCAUCCUUCUUCCUCUAAGAAUAAACCGUUUAAUCCUUAUGGAAUAGGAACAGAUAGCCUAAGUCAGAUUCUGACAGCAGAUUUCGAUAACCAGUGCAUCCAUAUCCUUGACCAGGAUGGACAAUUCCUCUCUUAUAUAGAUAACUGCGACCUGAAAAAUCCCUAUGGAUUAUGUAUCUACAAAAAUGAUGAUUUGCUUGUUGCUGAAUAUUAUACUGGGAAUGUGAAGAAAAUUAAGUAUCUUAAAUAACUUACAGCCAU